UUUACUUUCGUGUCCGCGUUGGAAAGGUUCUUUCUAGCUUUUUGAUCCCGUUGUCAAUCAAAGAAAAGAUGUCAGUCCGUAUGAGAGUUGUUGCAAUCGUCGUGUUGUGGCUAGGUUGGACUGCAGCCGCGUUGGGUGAUGCCCCAGUAGAACGCGCGACCGUACCGUACCUCCGAACCGAACCGGCACUCGUUGUCGCCACCGUGCGGAAAGAUUCGUUCCCGGAACAUAACAACACCGCCACAGUCCGCGUACUCGAUGACGCGAUGCCUUACUCGUACGAAGAGUCGUUGACGAUUGAGUUCUUGGAGUAUACAUCCUGUGCCGGCAACGAUGUCUGUGUGGAUUGCAACCAUGCCGUUGGUUGUCACUGGUGCUCACACGACGAUUCCUGUCACGCCAUUGGAAGUGUACACGGUUGCACCUUUGGAGCUUCUUGUGAUUCCGGCAAUGAUGACAACAACAAGAAUAAUACCGACACGUCGGGCUGUUUGCAGCACGAAACUUGCUCCGAUUGUGCGCUUAGUUCCAAGCUUUGUCACUGGUGUGGUCACGACAAUGCCUGUCACGCGAUUGGUUCCGUCUACGGAUGCGUCACGGGGGUGGACUGCUACUCUAACGAGCGCUGUCACCGCAAAGUUCCCGAAGCGCUUAACAAGCACGACUUUACCUUUACCCAGAUGGGAUUCCUACCCAUGAUGCUGGUCAUUCUAGUUGGCUCUUGCCUUUUUUGUUGUCUGUCCAGUUGCUUUUGCGUAGCGAGCGGUGUCAAGGGAGCGUAUGAUGAUUUGGCUGAUUUGGCAACGACGGAUCACCGUCGUUACGACGGUGACGAUUUGGUGGCGCUCGGGGAACCCCUUUUGAUGGUACAAUCGACCGAAAAUGAACCAGUAGCAACUGAUGGCGAUAGUGACAAUGCACGGGAACCAACGCAGGGGCAAGUGGAUACCGAACAGCCUCUCAAUGUAACGGACGAAGCCAACGAAGAUCAGCUGUCUCCGGAAACGGAAGAAACCCCUCUAGUGGAAGGACAGGAAAACAAUCCUAUCGCAACCGGUUACGUACAGUUGUGUGACAUGUUCCAUACACCGGCCGGACAACAGCCAGAGUUGGUUCUCGCUCCACCACGCCACUCGAUCCGGUCUCGCCAACCCCGCCAUAUGCAACGACUCUACAAUAUGUGCGUAGUCAUGUACAUCCUUUUGACGACACUGGUCGUCGGUUUGGUGGUGGCCGCCAUUCGCUACUACCCCAAGGCACCAGUGUACAAUAUUUGCAACGAUUCCGUUGCUUGGAAAUCGCUCAUUGAUAGUAUGGCUUCCAUGAAAGUUUCCGCGGAUUUUGAACUGUUGGCAUCGAUUUCGAAUCCCAAUCAUUUUGAUGUCGCCCUAGAUAUGGGCAAGGGAUCGUUUACUCACGAUCACGCCUUUGUUGGAACCUUUGAAAUUCCCCCGGUCACGGCCAAGGCCAUGAGUAUCACCGACAUGAUGAUUAUCGCUUCGUUUUCCCCAGAUAAAUGGGACGCUCUGUCGCUGACGGCAGAGUACUAUAGGGGUAAGUUAGUGUUGGCGGUCGACGCUGAGGCCACUAUCCGGGUACCGGUAUUGGCCGACUAUUCAUUUACGACGACCGUCAAGAACAUGAAGGUGAGGGUCAACGAAAUGGCGGACCGGAGUCUUUGUGCUUGCCCAACUUGGAACGAACCCAAAAAGAUCUACUUGGCCGGGAUCGAAAGUGUGCCAGACUUCAUGCAUUUGUAAGACACCUGCGACUUGGAAGAACGAACACUGAUUUCUUGCUGCUUCGCCGGGUGUAUUUUACGUAGCUGCUUUGUCAACACACUAUUUUACCUUUAAGACUGGUAACUUGCGGACGCAAAAAAAGAUCGGAGCAUAGGAUGGUGUAAUACCUGUUACCAGCUUUUUCCAUGAUUGUC